AUGACUUUUGUGUGGGAGAGACCCGACCUGAAGCCCAGAACCAUUCACACUUGGCACAAACAACAUCAGGACCUUCACGUGGAGCAUCCAUUCUACAGAAGACGAACAUCAGUGUCCAUCAACAAACUGAAAGACGGAGACGUUUCACUGAGCCUCUCCAGAGUUAAACUGUCUGAUCGGGGAACAUACAGAUGUUACUUUCCAGAAUUGGAGAAAGACUGGACUGUUCAGCUUGUUGUUGGGAUCUCUUCCUUUCCGAUCAUCCAUCUGUCAGGGAUGGACAGAUCCUCCAGUGGAGUGGUUCUCCAGUGUAAGUCUGCUGGCUGGUAUCCAGAGCCUGGUGUGUUGUGGCUGGACGGUGAGGGAAAGCUCCUCUCUGCUGGACCUACAGAGACAGUCAGAGGUCCUGAUGACCUCUAUACUGUCAGCAGCAGAGUGACUGUGGAGAAGAGACACAGCAACAGCUUCACCUGUAGAGUCCACCAGAAGGACACCAAACUCAACAGAGAGACACACAUCAGUGUUGCAGGUAGACACACAUUCAUGAUCUGA